UCUAGCACGCAUCCUGAUGGUCUGAUGGAGCGAAAGUGUCUCUUCACAUACUUACGAGCGAGCAUGCCAUUGCCAUUACUUAGGCAUUGCCCUGACCCUGCAUGGCCAACACACAGUCGAGUCGUCAACCUGCUAGAUAACGCAGUCAAUGCAUCAAGCACAUUCGCUUCAACAGUGGUAGUAUCGACGAAGGAGAACAUCUAGGAAUCCAGUCCUUCUCCGCAGCGCCACUGAAACGUAUCAGGUCACAGGUGCAGUCGAUAGCGGGUUGCAUGCGGAGGAAGGGAGGAGACCAUUGUCUCUCGCUGCAUGCUACCAUCCACCCACGUGGGCAGAGGUGAAGCGCGACAACUGAGGACACCUAGGAUGGCUCCUCUUCUGAUUUUGCUGGCAAUCGUGCCUUCCAGUCUCGCAUUCCCGGCCUUCAUCCCACUGAUACCGAAUCUCGGAGCGGCAGCCUCUGACGGUCAAAGCAACGUUCCCGCUCCGUUUGGUGUCGAUGGCGUCAUGUGCCAAUCCAUCGGUCACGUGGCCCAGUGUAAUGGACCUCCGUCUGGAGCUGGCAACGUAUUUGGCCGGGCAUUCAUUGCGAGCGGUGGGAAUUGGACGACAGUGUGCCCGCAGGACAGCGAUGGUGACGGGUACACUAACGGCGAGGAGCUGGGAGAUCCUUCUUGCUCCUUUUCUCCAGGAGCAACACCAGAGAGAAGCACCAAUCUCUCGCACCCUGGUUUCGCGUGCUCCACUUUUGACAACCCCUUCUGUUUAGUGGACACCACCGCAACACCCCUCACGUUUACGAUGACACCGUUCCCAGUGACUGUUUCUCCUGAUUUCAAUGACACCGAUGCGGAAAAUGAGACAACGCUGCCCCCACCUCCGUUCACGACGCCGCCUCCGCCCCCAUCCACCAUAUUCGCCAGCACACCACCCCCGACCGCGCCACCCACCAUCGGGGAGUGCCUGACUGGGACGUGCUACGAGAUCCAGAAUCAGUACGCCGAGCUGGUGCAGAGCUUCCGCGACGCACAGCAAGUGUACGCGGAUAGCGUGCAGGACUGGCGCGAGGUGGUGGACGUCUGGAGAAGCCAGCAGGAGUCGUGCAGCGGUGGGAGCAUGUAGGCAUAACGCACAUCGGCCAGUGUUCGACAAUGCAACACUUGAUAUGACAGGUUGUAGAAACAUUCAGAUCCUCUACAUAAUUCCUUGAUUGUGUCUACUCCCGUUCGAUGUGCUUCCUGAGCUGUUUUACCACCUUGUCCUCCUCCUCCUUCUCUCCCUCCCACCCUCUUCCUGCCUCCCUCAUCCUCCUCUUCUUCCUCUUCUCCUCCACUUGUGAGUGGUGCCGCUGUCUGGUCAUAUUGACCCGUGGCAAUCUGAAGGAUAUGUCCGCUCACUGAUAUUUCUCCGCUACUUCUCAGUAAUGUUAUUCAUGACGCUGUUUAUUUGGUCUUCUUCCACGCCUCACACAGUUCACUCAAUUCGUACACUACACAUCGUUCUGACUGCACUUAAUUAAAUAUAAUUGCAGCUUUCCAACUUGGAAGGUUCAAGGUUAUGAAAAGACCAAAGAGGGGAAGGCAAGCGCAACGAAAACGAGCAAAAGCUAAAGUCCCAACGGAACAAAGAAUGUCGAUUGUUACUGGGCGAUGACGAGACCAGUACGAUAUUUGACAAAGCGGUCUAACUACAAUUCGAAGCAGCAAAGCAGCACACCACCCAACUUGGGUGGGUCAUAAAUAUCAAAGAUAAGUAAAGAAAGGGGAAGCUUUGCGAAAACAAAUUGUACAAGCCGAAAGCCAAACUCCUACAGAAUUGUAGUUAGACCGCUUUGUCAAAUAUCGUACUGGUCUCGUCAUCGUCCAGUAACAAUCGACAUUCUUUGUUCCGUUGGGACUGUAGCUUUUGCUCGUUUUCGUUGCGCUUGCCUUCCCCUUUUUGGUCUUUUCAUAACCUUGAACCUUCCAAAUUGCAGCUUUCUUUUUUAAUAAAAAGCUCUGCAAGGUGGUGAAACUGCGAGUCCCUUUUCCGCUUCUAAAUGUACCUCGAGAUCUUUUUCUUCAUUGGACAACGACAAUGCAAUCCAUCAA